AUGGCAAUCCAAUCUGUAAUGAUCAUCAACAAAUCCGGUGGUUUGGUGUACAAUCACAAUUUUAUCGAACCAAAGGGAACAAUGAACAGCAACGACUACUUGAUCCUGGCGGGAACGUUACACAGUGUUUUCGCGAUCGCCAGCCAGCUCACACCGAAGGCCGUUCAAAUCAGUAACAAGUCUUCACAGAAAACUGAGACCCAGGUACCUUACAUCCCUGGAAUUGGCGUGAGUACCGAGAACAAGAUGGCACCUUUGCAAUUAGGAAGUUUUAUGGGACCGGACUAUUUCCAAGAACCGUUCACGAAUUGGAAUAAGAGUGGACUCAGACACAUGAUUACGGAUGAGUUCUCAAUGUUCUUAUUCCAAAGCUUAACGGGCAUCAAAUUCGUGCUGAUAAGCACGAACAAUUUCAGGAACAAUACAAGUGUCAGCAUCGCCGAAAACAUAUUACGUAAAAUCUACUGCAUUUACAGUGACUAUGUGAUGAAGGAUCCGUUCUACUCCUUGGACAUGCCAAUAAGAUCCGAGUUGUUCGAUUCAAACCUCAAAAAUUUGAUCGAAAGCUUAUAG